AUGAAGUGGGGAUCUUGGCUAUUUGCUUUCACGUGCUUGGCCGUGUAUGCCAACGCCCUAGUGCUGGUAGAUUCUACACUUGCAUCUGCAUGCAUUUAUUAUGAUAAAGGGUUUGACUGGGGUUGCAAUAGUACUGGUAAUGGACAUAAGGCUUAUCGCUGUCGGUGUAAGAAUGUGAAUUGGCUAGGCACUGUUACCAAUUGUAUCUAUACGACCUCAAACUCAACAAAAGCGAUCGACAGAGCUUUGAAGCAUGUUGCAAGACGUUGCAAGGAGAAGGGCGUGGGAGACUACACUCUAAAUGACAUGAAGCGUAUCUACGAGAAUGGGACUGCGUACCUAAGAGAUCCCGUACCAGCUGAUAGAACUGACGUCGUUAAUACGACUCUGAGAGUCAAUGCUACUGAGUUUGAAUGGUAUUAUAGACAGUUCCAGGCAUUUACGUCUUCAGUUGAGAAAACGGAAUGGCUUGGACGUGGCUUGGUGUUCUACUGGUGUGCGGUGGUUGGAAUUGCUACUCUAGUUAAUGUACUUGACAAACUGUUUGGUUUGCGGCUUUUGAACAAUAAUUGGAUCAGGAAAAAUAUUUUAAUUCCUUCCAUAUACAAGGAAUACCACGAGCGGACUUACUUUUUUGCGAAGAUCAUCCCACUAAACUUUCCAACAAGACUGGAAUGGCUAGUGGCAGCUACGUUUGUUACACUUACAGUGGUUUUCUGUGUUUUCGGUUACGAGAUGGAGUUACCGCAUCCGUACUUCACUUCCCGGUGGUUCAAAGAUUUGUCUCUGGUCAGUUACAGGACUGAUAUUUUGGCGAUUUCCCUCUUUCCUAUUAUAUUUUUCUUUGGCAUUCGUAACAAUCCGUUUUUGGUUUUAACAGGCAUACCAUAUAGGACCUUCAACUUUUAUCACAAGUGCUGCUCUUAUGUUUGCUGUGUUCUAGCAAUAAUCCAUUCCGUAAUAUGGACUGUAUACUCUAAAUCUAAAGAAGGAGGUGGGUAUAAUGCAUGGUGGAAAGACGCAUACUUUCAGUGGGGUGUGUUUGCAACUGUGUUGAUUUCGUUGUUGAUUGCUCAUAGUGAUAAAAUUAUAAGAAGUUACUCCUAUGAAUUUUUCCUUGUGAUUCAUAACUUAUUCGCCAUCUUUUUCAUUAUUUGCAUGUACUUCCAUCUUCAAUCUCUGGGCUGGCUAGGCUGGGUAUGGUCAAUGAUAGGCAUAUUUUGCUUUGAUAGAAUAGCCCGUGUAUGUCGUAUUAUCCUAUGCGGAGGACUUCAAACGGCUACUCUAACUGAUGUUGGAAACGUCGUUAAGGUAACUUUUAAAAAGCCCAGACUGUUCAAUUACUCCCCAGGUACAUUUGUGUACAUGUACUUCAUAAGCGCGAAAGACCCAUGGUUUUACCUCUUUCAAUCGCAUCCAUUCACGGUUCUUAAUACUCCGUUUGUUGAAGAUGGCAACGUAACAGUCUAUUUCAAGCCCCAAAAGGGUAUAACUAGGCAUAUAAUGAACAGGCUACUGACUUCUUCGAAGGGUUCAGUUCAGUGCAAUAUUUUAGUUGAAGGUCCUUAUGGGACUUCUUUGCCUCAGCGCUAUGUUCCGAAUGAUAGGUUUGUCGGGGUCGCUGCCGGAUUAGGAGUUACAGCUGUGUAUACUCAUUUUGUUAAUAUUCUGGAAAAGAAUCCGGAAGGUAACCAUGUCUUCUACUGGCUAAUCAACGACCUAGCACAUUUGGAUUGGUUUUCUCAAGAAUUACGUUUCCUAUGCUCAAAGAAUUGUCCCGUCAACAUCCUUUACACAAGAGGUAAAGUAGAAGACAAUGAAUCUUUAAGCACCGAACUAGAUUUAAAAAAAGUCGCUAACGAACUAAGUAUCACAAAUUUACCUCAAAGAGUAGAUUUGAGGUUACUCGUCAGCGAAGAAACCGCUAUAUCUCAGAAGGUAUUACAAGAUGUUACAUUCAUUGGAUGCGGUUCUGCUACGUUUAAUGACCAAUUGCGUUACGCAAUACAAAAUUCAAUUUCUAAGAACAUGAACAUAAAUGUCAGCUUACAAGAAGAAAGCUUCACCUGGUAG